AUGCCGACUACUUUUGGCCUCGGAACUAUUGCUGUCAAAGCGCAUCCACUCGGGAGGCUUCGCCUGAGCCAGAAGGCAAUCAGGUUGGCGAAACGAUCGACCAGGAGCCCAAGCCUGCAGGUCACAGCGAAAGGCAAGGGCGGCGGUCGUCGUGCCGGAAAAUCGCAGCGCCCAGGAGGACAGCCUUCUGUGGAAAAAUUUAUGCCACCAGUUGAUCCUGACAAUGAGCAGUUUGUUAUCUACGUUCGAUCGAAGAAAGGUUUCAAGGCAUGGUUUCCAUUGAAUGUGGUAACCGGUGGCUCCACGGCAAACACUCUUGUGAAAGGUCUGGACAGUAACCUCUCCCGAGACAUGGCCAAAAAGUCCCUUACGAACAACAUCGGUCAAGCGAUCUACAAAGAUGCAGACCAACUUCAGGAAAUGUGUCGCCGUAUGCCAAUGCUGAAGGCUGCCAAAGAACUUGAGUACGGGUUCAUGAUUCUAGACAAGAAGAAUCCCUCGAGCAUGUUCAACCCUCCUGCUGAGAGUGUUUUCGUUAUCCCACCUGAGGACGAGACCCGGAUGCCUGCUCAGAAGAUGGCCGAAGGUUGGCAGAGUGCAGCCAACACGGUUAAGAAUAUCCUUGGAAGCAAAAAUUCAGCGGAUUGA